AUGAGCAAAGUUUCGGGCGGCAAGCAUCGACUGAGCCGGACCGGACCCAGCUCCGUAACGCUGUGUCUGCCAGCCGGAACAAAAGACGGCGUAUCGCCUCAUCAGGUCAACUCGGACGCUUUCUCCGCUUUGGCAGCUGGAGGUGGGGAAAUCCCUCGACACAGCCGCGGCAGGGCAGAGGGCUCUACGGGCACAGCCCCUGAUCUGGCCAGGCCUUCUGGUGCCGUGCUCAGAGAAGAUGCUCCGAGCGUAAUUUGGGCCGGCACGGCACAGCACAGCAACAGCACGGCCACUGCGCUGCACCGCAACUGCACAGCAGCACGGCACGAGCCCGAUACGCCCACUCGCAGCCGAAACUCUCAUCUGCCGAGUCUUGAAGCUGCUGCAGCCCGCUUGGAGAUGCGUAUGCACCCGCCACCCCGUAUCCAUCCUCACGACCUCCACCAUCCUCUUCCAGGACUUUUGACGAACCGUCCAUCGCACGUCACCCUCAUCCUCACGCAUCACCAACAAUGUCGGCCAAGGAUUACUACGGCGGUCAGGGCGGCGGUACGUAUUGAUUUUACCUCCAGGCACACAUUGCUGCCACCCUCGAAGAUCCGAGCACUGUCUGGGCGCACGACAGCGACACGAAACGAUGUUAUGGGAUCCGAGGCCUGCCUCGCGCGGCCACGCCUUGCGACCAUUGCGAGUGUCUGCAUCAUCGGACCCGCGUCUCGCCGGUCCAACUCGCAUCGCUACUGGACCGCCAAUGGCUCCUCGCGCUCUACUCAUCAUCACUCUGCGCUCCAGGGCUACGGCCAGCCCCAGCAGGGUUACGGUCAGCCCCAGCAGGGCUACUACCCGCCACCACCCCAGCAGGCCUACGGCGGCCAGCCUCAGCAGGGCUACUACCCGCAGCCCCAGCCCCAGCCCGUCUACGUCCAGCAGCCCCAGAAGAAGGGCGGCGGAGGUGGCCCCGGAGCCUGCUGCGCCUGCUGUGCCGCAACGCCUGCCGCUGCCGCCGCCAUCAUGAACUCGAUACUCUCGCGCUUCGACCAGCCCACAACCUCGGCCUUUGCUGGCGCCAAUGCAGCUUUCGGUGGCGAUGUUGCGGCACAGGAUCAGCUGAUGGGUGCUCCGGGCCAAUUUGAUCUUCCCAACAUGGACCCCGCCACCUUCCUCUCUCAGUACACCGAUGUCGACUCGUCCAAUCCCGCCGCCAAGAUCAAGCUCGCGCACGGAACUACCACCCUCGCCUUCCGCUUCCAAGGCGGAAUCAUCGUCUGCGUCGACUCUCGCGCAACUGCCGGCUCCUACAUCGCCUCCGGCACCGUCAAGAAGGUCAUCGAGAUCAACCCGUACCUGCUCGGCACCAUGGCCGGUGGUGCUGCCGAUUGCCAGUACUGGGAGACCUACCUCGGCAUUCAAUGCCGUCUACACGAGCUUCGCAACAAGGAGCGCAUCUCGGUCGCUGCGGCCAGCAAGUACCUCAGCAAUCUCGUCUACGGAUACAAGGGCAUGGGUCUCUCCAUGGGCACCAUGAUCUGCGGCUGGGACAAGACCGGCCCCGCGCUCUUCUACGUCGACUCGGACGGCACACGCCUCAAAGGCGACGUCUUCAGCGUCGGCUCCGGCUCCACCUUUGCCUACGGUGUGCUCGACCAGGGCUACAAGUGGGAUCUCACCGACGACGAGGCCCAGGAGCUUGGCCGUCGCUCCAUCUACGCCGCCGCUCACCGAGACGCAUACUCGGGCAACACCGUCAACCUCUACCACGUCCGCGAGAACGGCUGGGAGUUCAUCGACAACUACGACGUUUCCAAACUUCACUACGACGGGCCCGGAGACCAUGUGCCCGGAGCACCUGGCGGAGGCUAUGGUUGGGAGGUGCGAACCAAGGGUCUCAGCUCCAAACUCGAAGCUCAGCCGGGACAGAGCCACGGUGGCCAGGGCGGAAGGUUUGCCGACGAGCAGCCUCUCGCCGCACAGGUUCGACCCGAGCAGGCAUGA